AUGGCGCUUAAUCAAAAUCACGACUUCAUCGUGAUAGAUGACGAUGAAGAUGUGAACGAGUUGAAUAUUGACAAUACUGACAAUAUCAACAAUUCCGGCGAUGGUGCUGAUUCCGCUGGAGACAGGACGGAUCAGGCACUCGAGAAACCAAUCCCCUCAGAAUUCUCUCCAAUUAACUGCAAAGAUAGCGUCAGAGCCGUUUUCGCAGAUAUCUGCCCAGAGUACUUGGAGAGACUCGCUAAUGAACAUGAUAAUAACUCUGAUGUCAUUAUUGACCAAAUCCUCACUUCGCAAGAGAAGGGUGAGAUGUACCCCAGAAAGCCGGCCAAGAAUCCUCUGAAGCGCAAGAGAGCCCGCAGCGGGGGCGACGAUGUGGACGAAGCAAAGACUGAGGCUGACGUAGCCAAGGACAUUAGAGCUAAGAUCGCUCAAGUCAAUUAUCAUCAAAGUACAGGAGAUAUGUCUUAUAAAAAGAUUGCUCCAAAGCUUUUAUCUACAGAGUAUGUCGUUUUCGGUCUCCUAUUUUACUUUCCCAAGGUUCACGUUCCUACGAUCAAGAAUUAUCUCAAGAAAAACACAGGCUCUGUUUUUAAAACAUACGCAGCCAUGAUAGAUGCCGUGGGCAAGUGCAAAGCAGGUGAAUUACCUUGGCCUGAAAAGAAAGUCUCUACACCAGUAAUCCUCGAGUUUAAAAAAGACAGGAUCAAUCGCAUCGAUAUGAAUCAAUAUACUGAACACGAGCAAGACGCAAUUGCCGAACUGCGUGCUGCUAGGAAAUUGGCAGACUUCAAGCAAGCACAGGCCGAAUUAGAAGCCGAAGAGAAGGCCAACUUCGACGAUGCCAAGUCAGCAGGUCAAACUGAAGAUUGUGGAUGCUGCUUCGAAGAAUGCGCGAUCAAUCGAAUGAUCUGCUGUGACGGAGAAAAAACUCACCGAUUUUGUCGCGAUUGUAUGAAAGCUCAGGUGGAGACGAACAUCGGCCUUUCUAAACACGAAUUAAGUUGUAUGUCCAUGGAUGGAUGUUCUGCUGGCUUUGCACAGACGCAGAGAAAAUUGUUUCUUGACGAAAAGACUAUGAUGGCAUGGGAUAUGCUUGAAUUCGGGGCUUCCUUGCGAAUGGCAGGCAUCGAAAACCUCGAAACCUGUCCUUUCUGUCCCUAUGCGGCGGAGUACCCGCCUCCAGAACAGAACAAAGAAUUUCGGUGCGAGAACCCGGACUGUGAGAAAACAAGUUGCCGCCUCUGCCGAAGAGAGAGUCAUAUUCCAAUCACGUGUGAAGAAUAUGCUAAUGAACACGGCCUUUCGGCUCGGCACGUCCUCGAGGAGGCCAUGAGUGAAGCACUCAUCCGGAAGUGCAACUCUUGCCAGCACCCUUAUGUAAAAAUUGAUGGAUGCAACAAGAUCAAGUGUACUCGAUGUGGUACUCUACAGUGCUACGUUUGUCGAGCGACCAUCAAGACUUAUAGUCAUUUUAAUGAUGAAGCACGAGGCGGCGCGGAGGGCCGGUGUCCUUUGUUCGAAAGCACCGACGAACGUCACGAAGGAGAUGUCCGACAGGCCGAGGAAAUUGCGCGAAACAUGAUUGAGAAACAAAAUCCGGGUUUGACUGCCGAUGCUUUAAAAUUUAAAGUAUCUGACCAAGUUAAGAAAGACGAAGAAGCAGAGCAAUUGAGGAUUUCUCAACGACGACACAGACAUGGGCCAGGACAACACCCGAGGUAUGUCGGGGACCUUGAGGCUCAACCAAGAUUCGUUCAUCCUCCCCAACCCGGAUUUGUCCCUCCCCAACCCGGAUUCGUCCCUCCCCAACCCGGAUUCGUCCCUCCCCAACCCGGAUUCGUCCCUCCCCAACCCGGGUUCGUCCCUCCCCAACCCGGGUUCGUCCCUCCUCAUGCCCGACUGGAUCCUUUUGUGAGGCGUGCUCAAGCUGGUGUAAUUGGGGCAGACGGGCAACCUCUAAAUCCAGUUAAUUUAGAAGAGAGGCCCCCACCACUUCCGGCAGACUAUGCAGCAUUGCAAGGGCGGAAUCCUCAACAACUCCGAGAUAUAAUGGAUGCACAAAUGCGGGAGAUUCAACUCGUCUUAGAUAGACGCUUCUCACGUCUUAGACGUGCUUUUAACCCUGUUGAAGGUGGCCCAGUUGGACCUAUGCUAGGCGGUGGAUACCCACCUUUACAAAGGCCUAUGGUCCUCCAUGAUGCAAAUCCUCACAGAGGUGAUCCAGCCGCGGGCAUACAGGACUAUCCAAGAGCCCGUAACCAUCUCGACCGCAACGCGAACCCCCAAGGGGUUCUUCGACACAACCCGCAUGGUAUGAACGAAUGA